AUGUUAUUUCUACCACCCAAUAAUGAUUUGUUAAGCAGAGUCGACUCUGGCCAGAGACGUUUAAGUAUUUCUCAGGGUUCAGUGUCGACAGCCACCUCAUCUGCAUUAUCACCCAUUCCAAUUCCAAAUAAUAAUAGUGCCAACAUCAUCAAUAAUAGUCAUAAUAAUAAUAAUGAACAAAAACAACAACAAAAGAUAUCAAAUAAAACAAUUACCAUUCCAACCAUUAUAGAUGCACCUCCACCUGAUUGGUCAUCAAAGUUCAGUUCACUCUUUUCAUUUGUAAAAAAGAAAUCAAACUAUGAGUUGGAAAUUGAUGCACUUAAAGAUUCCAUGAUUUUUAUUAGACCUAUCUCAGGAGAGGAAGGUAUACUUGUACAUAGAUUAGAUAAAUCAAAGAAAUAUAUACAUUCUCUUGCAGAGUUGGACAUUGGUUACAUUUACUUGACCGAAAGAGAUACACCAAUAAUCCGUCAGAAUCAGCACGAAGUUACUUUUGCCAAUAAAAUUAUAAUUCAAUGUAAAUCAUAUAAGAAGUUUUCAAUUAAAGGUAUCUUACAAAGUGAUGUCACUACAACCGCUCUAGAGGCAUUCACCAAGAGAAAGAUGACCCAAGGUAUGCUUUUCCUCGAGGAGGACGGACAGCUAUGCAGAAUCUUUUAUAGAAUAAGUGAUUUGGUUCUAAAUACAAUUUAUGCAAAUCACGAUGAUACCGUUAUGCUACAGAGAUUACCAAAUAAUGAAGUCAGAAGCAGAAUGAAGAUCGACUGGGAAUGGAAGAAUCCAACUGACCCAUCCCAACAAGCCAAUGAAAAUGACGAGAACAACAAGAAUGCAAUCAACUCUCUAGGCUCCGUGCUCGGAAGAUUCAAGAGCAGAAUGUCCAUCAAAAGCAAUCUCAAUCCAAACACUCCAAUUAUAAAUGCAAUCAAAGAGCAAUCAACAAGCGGUGCCACUCCAGUCAACAGCAAUGCCAGUAGCAGUUCCAAUGGAGCAGAGCCAAUCAGCAAUGAUAGCAAUCUCAGUGGUGGUGAUCAACCAUCCAAUAUUCCAGCACCACCUCCUCCACCAGCACCACCAGCACCACCACCACCUCCUCCACCUGGAACCAAGUCCGGUGCCGGUUUGAAGCUCAAAAAGCAAGUCAAGAAGGAGAAGAAGAUGAGACAGCUUCACUGGAAUGUCAUUCCAAAGGAGAAGCUAAAGGAGUCGUUCUGGGACAGUCUUUCACCAGUGAAAUCCAACGAUCGUGAUCAAAGUCUUGUUGAACAAUGGUUCAGCUUGUCACCACCACCAAAGCAACAAAUCACUCGUGAGAAAUCCGUAAAAACCCUUACAACCGUUAAUCUUCUUGACUUGCGUCGUGCCAACAAUGCUUGUAUCCUACUUUCCCAAUUCAAACUAUCGUUCAGCGAUAUCAAAGAAGCCAUCUUGACCUACGACGAGACUAAACUCUCGAUUGAACAGUUGAUUGCACUUGACGCAAUGCUUCCAAUCACCGACGAGGAAACCGCUCAGCUCUCUUCGUUCACCGGCGACAGAUCCACGCUUGGAUUGGCCGAACGUUUCUUCAUGGAGAUGAUGGGAAUCGACCGUUUGAAGCAGCGUAUCCAAACCUUUUUGUUCAAAGCAGAGGUCAUCCAGAUGAUGAGAGAGUUGACUGGCCAGUUCCAAAUACUCGCUGCCGCCAUCGAACAAGUCAAGUCGAGCAGUCGUUUCCGUCAGAUGCUCAAGGUCAUUCUACACGUCGGAUCUAUUCUCAACCGUGGUCAGACCUAUCUCCACGGAAAGGGUUUCCGUCUCGACAGUCUUGCCAAGCUUUCAGAGACGAAAUCGCGUGACGAGAAGCACACAGUCAUUGACUUUGUAGAGAGAUACGUACGUGACAACAAACCAGAGUUGCUCAACUUCUACGAAGAUCUCUCGUUGUUGGAGUCGUCGUCGAUCAACAUCUCAUUAGACACACUCAUCGACGACGUCGAGCAGAUCAACCUCAAGUUUAAGCAGGUCGACCAGGAGAUCAGCGGUGAGGGUGUCGAUCCCAACUACCGCGCUCUCAUGAAGCCAUUCUACGACACUCAAUACCAGGUGUACCAGCAACUACAGGAACUGUCUGCUUCCACCUUGAAGCAGUUCACUGAGUGUGUAACAUUCUUUGGUGAGGACAACACCAUUACCACCAAGGAUUUCUUUAGCAAUAUCUUUAACUUCUCACAGAGCUUCAAGAAGGUUGUUGCUCAACGCAAUCAACAAUUAGCAAGAGAAGAACAAAAAGAAAAAAAGAAACAACUCAAAGAGCAACAAGCCAAAGAAAAUGAGCUACAACAACAACAACAACAAGCACAACUACAAGAAGAUGAAAUUCUAUCAAAAGUAGAAGAGCUGACGAUAAACGAUAACGAAAGUGAAAAUGAUAACACCAUCAAUAAUUAA